CGCAAUGGAAUUGCGAGCGACUCUUGUUGCGGCUGCAGUCAAGGGUGGAGUCCAUGGCGUAGCAGCCCACAUCGACGACCACGUGGGCGAUCUUCAUUCGUAUCUCUCGUGUGUUCUGGAUGCACAGGACUUACCACUUGGCGUCAAACGAGUCAUCUGGAGCGGCAUGGUGCAUCGAGCCACGAGGUUUGCCGCCGCCAUGGACGCAACUCGUACAUCGCAUGCGUUGACGCUGAUCUCUGCUGUCGAAACAGAUCGGUAUGUGAAUCAUCUAGCACGUCUUGUGUUCCAAGCGCAGAAACCACCACCUCCAGCCGCUUGGAUGCCCAGCGUGGACACGUGCGUCAUCGCUCGGAUGUCUGUGCCCACUUGUAACGUCAGUACCGGCAAGCGCGCCGUUGACGUCGACUUGACAAAGCCUUCUUCCCCAUCAACCCCGUCAAGUAAACGAAUCAAGGUGGACGACGACCACGAUAGCGGCAUCCCUGCUGCGCCACUAGACCCCAUCGACCCCAUCGACGACAUUACGUACCUCGCCAUGAAGAUGGACAAACGAGCUAGCGCAUCUCAGGUGUCAACAUCCGUCCCAUCAUCCGCACCUCUUCCCAUCGAGCCGCUUGUACUUCCCGACGAGAUCCUGGCCCUGGUCUCGUCCAUCAAGUCAACACCAUCUUCCUCUACAACCAGCGACAUUACCAGCCGAUGCGACGCCAUCCUCCAUGCCGCGUCGUCGUUGCUGCAACUCCCCGAGUAUUGCUCCACCGUGUAUUUAGAGUUGCUGUGUUCGACACUGGCGCUAACUUCCCUCUCCGACGACGCUGUCCUCGUCUUAACCACCAAACUCGUGGAGGCCAAGUGGACCAGCUACGACACUGCGGUCGUGUUGGAGUCGACGCUGCUGGUGCGCGUCCAAGCGGCGACCUCCGCUAUCCCCCGCUCCCUCCUUAAAGCCCUGCAGGUGGUGGCCACAUCCCUUCCGCACAUUGCCAUCGACCGCAUCCUCGUGCCCGUCCUUACUAGCGCCACCGCGAACGCGCCUCAAUGCGAAGCCAUGACCCGGCUCGUGCGCGACGGUCUCGGGCCGUCCCUGACGCCGCUGAUUGUUACGCGACUAAUCGCCGCCAACGUCCUCCACAGCCCCCACGACCGCGUCCUGCUGGUCGUGCAGCAGAUCUUCAACGCCAAAGCCCCUCUCGCCCAGGACGCCAUCGACCUCGUCGUCCACGCACUGGCCCGCGCUGUGUCUGCCUCCCCCGCCACCACCACCGCCUCCAUCAAGUUUGCGUCCGUGCUGUUCACCGUCGUCACCAAGUACUCGGCGCUGUGUGUCCGCCACCGCGACGCGCUCCUUGCGAUCGCCACCAAGUGCACGUCGAGCAUGGCCAAAACAGCGCUGCGAGCUAUCGACAAGCUGGCAUGACGUUGUCGUAGCGAUAAUAUAUAAUAUAUCAUAACACACAAG